UAUGGUUAUGUUUUUUGAUUUUGUAUUUUUUCUUUUGUUUAAAUUUGCCUUGGGAGGUUCUGAUAAUAUUAUAUUGGACGUUAACUUUUUUGCAAGUCGUUUAAAAUUUAUAGUAAGGAGACAUCAAUUUAUGGGUCUGACAUAUUAUAGUUACCAGACAAUGCCUGGUCAAUAUAUUUGUAAAAUAUACAACAAAGAUAAUUUACUAUUUGAAGCUCCGCCUGAAGGCCAAAAGAUUCAAUUUGUGUACUGCUUUUAUUAUGAAAAAGAAAAUUGGUACCCAACGUUUUUGGUCAAAAGUGGGAGUGGGCCUGGACGCACUUCACCUCUUGACGAUUGUUCCCCUGAAGAUUCGGAAAAUCAUGCUCUUAUAAAAGCACUUUUUACAGAAAUUAAGAGAACGUAUCAUGAUGAUAAAGAAAUACAAAAAAAGUUGGCAAAUAUCAGUACUGGUGUAACUGAUUUUGACGAAAACAUAGUGAGUAGACUUACCUUUAGGGUAAUUAACGAUUCUAAUUAUCUAGAAAGGAAGAAAGGAGGAAAAAGGAGCCUUAUAGAAAGAAAGAAACAGCUUGGUGAGGAUGAUUAUCCAUUUGAUAAGAACAAAAUUGAAGAAGAUGUGGUUUCUACUCAUACAAUAGAAGAAGAACUUGAAACAACGGCUGAAGAACUUUAUGCGGAUGAAAGCCUAGAUGAUUCAGAAGAAUUUAUACAACCACCUCCUACUCAAACAGCUCAGCAAUUGGAAGAACCUCAAUUAGAACCAGAAAUUAUAGUGAUAACUGAUUCUGAAGAAUCAGACGAUGAAAUUGAAGGAUCAGGUCAACCAUCUGAAUCUGAAGAUCAAGAACCACCGGAUAAGAAGAAAAAGGAGGAGGAAGAAACAGUUACUGUAGAAUUAGAUUCAGAGGAAGAAGAUACAUGAUCUUAACAAAUAAAUAUCCACAAAAUGUUGGAAAACAAAACUAAAAUAAGUCUUACAAAGUGUAGUAAUAGAUUAAAAUUUUUAUACAAAAUUUUAAAAAUAGGAAAACCCAGGUAAAAGGUGAAAUUAAUUAAAACUAUCACAAAAUAACAAAUGAUAAAAGUAAUGUAAUCAUGAAAAGGUACACCCUAGGUGAAAUAGUAUAUAAAAAGGCAAAAAGGUGUAAACCUGAAAUUAUACAAAAUUAAUUAUAAAAUUAACUAAACUAAUACUACAUAGAUGGUGGAAGAAAAUAGAAUGACAAAGCUUAUGGAUUUUGAACCCAUAGAAAUCAGGAGUAAAAUCUGACAAGUCACAGGUAAAGGUAAUAAAAAUUAGUCUGUUAUAUUACAACUAUUUUAAUCAUUUAAAGAGCUGACAAGUGGUUUAAUUUGUUAUUGGAUUCCUGUAUGGGGUCUGAUAAAGUCAAUUUGAUUGUGAAUCACUGAUAUAUCAACCGAUUUGUUGAUAAACCCGUUUUAAAUUUUUUACCAAAACAUAAUCCAUAAUCA